AUGAGGAAUCGUAAACGAGGUAUCCGCCCGGUUCAUAGCCGACUCCACGAUACCAUAACGUACCUACCAUCUAGUCAGAACGUAGACAUCAUCGCCACCAUAGCAGCCCUCCCGUCCUCCAAAACCGUCUGCCCCCGUCUAAAGCUCUGCCACGCUCUCACGGCAGGAACAGACUAUGUCUCCCGCUCGCCACUCUUCAAGGACCCCUCCAUCCGCUGGACGUAUAGCACCGGGAUCCACGGUCCAGCGAUGGCGGAGUGGACGAUGAUGACGUACAUGGCCUUCAGCAAAGCGUUGAACGAGAACUGGGAGCGUCAGCGGAGGAAAGAAUGGAGUAUGAAGUUUGAGGCGAUGGGCCAAAGGGACCUUGUGGGGCAGCGGAUGGGGAUUCUGGGGUAUGGGAGUAUUGGGAGGCAGAUAGCCAAGGUGGCGACGGCGAUGAGUAUGGAGGUUGUGGCGUUCACGGCGACGGCCAAGGAGACGACCGAGUCGAGGAGGGAUACGGGGUAUCGACUUCCUGGCACGGGGGAUCCGGAGGGGGAGUUUCCAAAAGCGUGGUAUCACGGACUGGACAGGACGGCUUUGCACCAUUUCCUGGCUCAGGGGAUUGAUAUUUUGGUCGUCGUCGUGCCUAUGACGGACAAGACUCGAGGGAUGCUGGGUCGGGAAGAAUUCGACAUUCUCGCGAAACAUAGUCCUUACGGCGGGGCUUUCAUCACAAACUUGGCCCGAGGGGAAGUCAUUGUCCAAGACGAGCUCAUCGAAGCGCUCAAGACCGAAGGCUCAGGGGUACGAGGAGCAGCGCUCGAUGUUCAGACCCCAGAACCCCUUCCUCCUGACAGUCCGCUCUGGGAUGCGCCGAAUUGCUUCAUUGCUCCGCAUAGCAGUUCGCAGAAUUUCAAGUACACGGAAAGAGCACUGGCGAUUCUGUUAGAGGAUCUGCGAAAACCGCCCGGGUCGAAGUUUAUCAAUGAGGUCAAUCACCAGAGAGGAUAUUGA